AUGACUGAAUACAUCCAUUCAUUAGUAGAGCAUGUUCAUACCAUACAUCUAUUUAAUUUUUGUUACUGCAAUCAUAGGAUCUAUCUAUUUCGUUUCAUAUCGUGUGGGGGCUUAGCUGGCCUCUCAGCUGCACUAGAGCUCGCGGAACGUGGCUAUGACGUCACAGUUAAGGAGAAGAGUGACGUGUUCGGCGGGAAAUUGUUUACCAGAAGGGUCGACAUUCCAGGGCUUGGAGCUUUUGACGUCGAGCAUGGCUUUCAUGCAUGGUUCUUUAAUUACCAUCAAUUCAAAGACAUUCGCCGUCGUCUGAAAAUCGACAACAAUUUUCGCGUAUGGAAGGCCGUCCACUACAUCUUCUUGGACUACAAGCCGGAGACGAUUUACAGCGAGGGACCUUAUCCGCUCAACCUAUUAGCACGUAGUGCCUUUAUUUAUUAUAUCAUUCUAGGCAUUAUCAGUAGGAGCCCCAAUAUCAAACUGACGGACGCUAUUCUCUCCAGUCUAAUGUUGCCAGAUCUGGAUUUCUUCGACUACGACACAGUGUAUCAAAAGUAUGAUAACAUAACAUUUGACCAGUGGGCCACCAUGCGCGGCGUGCAACGAGAUCUGAACGAUAUUCUCCUUCGUCCCGCCCUCUCUGUGACCUUGAACGAACCCAGGGCCAUCAGUGCAGCUGAGAUGCUCAUGUACAUGCAGCUCUAUUUCCUGACCAAUGCGGAGGCUGACCACCGCGAGGUGACCAUAUACAGCUUUGGGAAAGCCAUCCUGCAGCCCUGGCUUGAUCGGCUGUCCGAGCUCCAUGUGAAGUUGCAUUCCAACUAUUCAGUUGAGCGUCUAACCAUAAGUGACCAAGGACAGGUGACCGGUGACAGCAAGGACGCCGUCGUGUAUGAUCACGUGGUUUCAGCGAUGGACAUCGUGGGCACGCAAAGCGUUCUGAAUGCGACUUUGUCUUAUUACGGCAAUAAACCCAUAAUAACGGAUAGUCUGUCUAAACUAUGGAGUAAAGUGUCUCACAUGAAGUUAGCCCCACCUUAUAAGGUUCUCCGUGUUUGGUUCGACAAGCAGCUCAACGCGUCCACACCAGAUAUUCUUGAGACUCCCCAACACACCCCCGUCAACCUCGUGGCGCAGUACCACCGCCUGGAACAAGAGGCCAGCGCCUGGGCCAACAAGACCGGUGGUUCUGUACUGGAAUUCCACCUUUACAAAUGGGCGCACGGCGACGUUGCAGACGAUCAAGUGUGGACAAUAAUUUCUCCCACGGUGAAGCUGAUUUAUCCAGAGAUUUUCGAAAGGAUGUUCAAUAUUUUAGGCUACCACGUCAACUCGUUUGAGAACUUUUCAUCUUUUGAACUCAACUUGCAGAUGUUCCGGCCUAAUUCGUCCUUCCCAAUGGAAUGUGGUCUGCCCAAUUUGCAUCUUGCCGGUGAUUGGUUAAAAACGGCGUAUCCUUCCGCGCUGAUGGAGAGGGCGGUGUCAACAGGCCGAGAGGCAGCCAACCAGAUUUUACUAUCUGAUCGCGUGAAACAAGUAGAGCUCAUCGUGACAUCUUCUAAGGGUCCAGGAAUACUGUAAAAUCACCAUCAACAUUUAACAUCUAUAUUCAGUUUGAUUACAAAUGAAUUUGCUGCAAAUGCACUAUUGCAUUUAUAUAAUUCAGAAAAUUCGUUUCACACAGAAAAACUGGCUAGUUUCAUUGAGCUCCAUAUUUGGCCACUUCUAAGGUCAGCGUAAAUUUUAUUUCAAUUCAAAUUCUAAUUUGAAAUCUGGACGCUGAUACUUAAUUAAUUUAAAAAAUAUUUUCACUUGUACAACUUUCAACUUAUUUUAAUGGGUCGAACUGGGUAACAGGUGGAAGGUAAGGGAAUGCACCCUGGUAGCAUUUUAUGAUAAUCUGAAUGUACAAUCAACUGCUUUCAGUUUUAAGACAUACAUGUACAGCGUAGAUAGUUAUAUUACUUUAAAAUAUAUAUUUGACAUGCAGGGAGUGAUACUUAGAACCCUGGAGAUAGUAAAAAAAGACGAUAUUUACUUCAACAUUAUCUUAAACACUGUUAACAUGUUCUUUCUGGAUUAAAACGUUUGCAUGCAGUCCUUCACAUCGAGGCAUUACUGGGAUUUAUUAUUUACACAAUCUGAAUUUUUUUGUAAGUGCAUGGUAUGAACUUGUUACUUGAGUGGCAAUCCAGGUUCAUCGCCAAUACACUGACAUACAUGUAAAUAAUUUUAAUUAUCAAAAUUUGCAUAAGUCUGGACACACCGC